UAGCAUUAGCCGCUAACCCUUAGCCUCAUAGCAGCACGACUGCAGAGAGUUUUAAUAACAUCAUAAAAAGUUAUUUGGAUUAUUUAAUCCGGAUUAAUUCAUCCUGAUGUGUGAGGUGGAGAGUGUGGCGCGGUGCUGGAUGAUGGAUUUCUGUUUCCGCUCUGUGUGCAGCAGCUACAGAGACACAAACAGAGAGAAGUUUAAUCAAAACAUCAGACUUUAUGAAGUGAUUGUUGACAGUGAAACUGAUCUGCAGGACGAUCAGCAAACAAAGCGGACAGUGUGUUGUUUUCUAUCCCGAAUUAUGGAUGGAAAAAAUUUAGAGGUGCGCUACGACACCAAUGACAGAAUUGCUCCGCUGAUGUCGGCGCUUACAGUUUGGGAAAACCUAAAGGAUACUGUGGCAGAUGCUGCGCUAUAUGAAAAUAUCAAGAGGCUGCUGUUUAUUCAGUGUGUUGGUGUUUGUUUGGAGAAGGGGAAUGUACAACUGGCAGCAGAGACACUAGAGUGGCUCGAGAAGGAGACUUCAUUAUCAGAGAAACUGCAAAGAAAACUGUCUACACUUGUAACCAAGAACAACGUCUAUGAUCAACUCUUUACAAGCUUCUCCUACAGUCGUCUGCUGGACAGCAUCAACACGUUCUUGGACGCAUUUCUUGAGAAAUGUCCGUCUGACUUUUUGCUCAAGUCUGCAACAAAAGUUGUGCAGGCUCGACAAGAAAGGACAGAGAGGGCGAAGUCGGAGCAGGAACUUUCAGAAGCAGCAUCACCGAGCCACACAGCUGCAACAAAAGUUGUGCAAGCUCGACGAGAAAGGGCAGUGUCACCAAGCCACACAGUGAACAGCUCCACAAAACCCAAAAAGAAACUAUUCUCAACAAAAGUUGUUCAUCCUUGGAAACCUGAGACAGAAAAGAAGCCUCUGUGUGUUCUCCGCAGAAAAUCAACAUUAAAGGUAUCCAGAUUGAGUUUUAAAGACCACAGGAAACAGGAAACACCACGGGAUAUACCUGACCACCCAAAAUACAAAAGCAAGAGGAGGUGGACGGAAACGGAAGACAAACACUUGAAGGCUGGAGUGAAGCGUUAUGGAGAGGGAAAGUGGGCCAAAAUUCUGGAGGAGUUUGUCUUUGAGGAUCGAACAAGCGUCAUGCUUAAGGACCGGUGGCGAACUAUGAAGAAACACGGAAUGCUGUAAGGACUGAUCGCAGCUUUGUUAAAGCCACUUCCCUCAGUGCUGAAUCUCAGUUCAGUAUAAAUAACAAGAACUGAAGAGCGUUGUUAAAAAUACAGAAUUAAGAAUGCAGAAAAUGUGACGAUGCAUUCUGAGGUAAAACUGCUUUUUAUUGCCAUCAUUUUUAGCAUUGUUUAAAAUCUUACUGCAGGGAUGCACAACAGUCCUGGUGAGUCAGUGUCCAGCAAAAGUUGGUGAUUUACCAGUUCAAACACACCUGAUUACACUCUGUUAAUUGCCAGGUUUAGAGGGUGUGUUUGGAUAGUGACCAGACUGUGCUGGACAUGGCCCUUCAGGACCAGACCAGUGCACCUCUGCCCUGCUGUCUGGUCCACACAAUAAACCUGCUUUCCAAGAAGAAAUUAUUUGUUUUUUAUAUUCAUCUUCAAAGGGGAAUUUCACUCAUUUUUCUAUAUUUCUUUUUAAUUCAAUCGUUGAUAUGUAAACAAAGUCAUCCAGGGUGGUUUGGUGUGGUU